UAAACAAAAUUUUUAUCAACAUUUUCAAAGUUCUACAACAUAAAAAAAUACAUAAACAAACUAACCGAAAAAAAUUAAACAAUAAUUAAACAAAAAUUUUAAAUUUACAAAAUUACAACAACAAAAAAUGUUGCAAACAUUAAAUUGCAUACGUAUGGGAGAGGUACUUUUAGAUGAAAAUCUACAAUUAUUUAUACUCUGCAACAAUUGUCACACAGACUUGCGAAAUUUACAAGAUUUUCGGCAACAUUUGGAAAAAUGUGAUGGCUUAGAGAAUCUUUUCCAGAAAGGGCAACAAAAUAUCAAAUAUAAUAAUAGUGAUAAAGCGACACAAUUAUUUGGUAAAACUUUUAAAGGUAUCAAGGAGUUUUUAAUAUACGAUUACACAGAUGUGGAGGUAACUUACGCAAAAACCGAGGAAAAUUUUAUAGAUUUGAUAAAUAUAGAAGAAGAAUUAUUAGAUCCUAAAUGGUAUUCCGAUUUAAAUAACGAGAUCACAGGGAAUAGUGCAACAACCACAGCACAGAAAUCAGCCAAACAAUAUGAUGAAUUAGUUGAAGCGGUAACACCAUUUGUGCAAUUUAAAGAAAAUCUUAAAACAAACAAUAAUGGCAGUAAUAAUACAAAAUCUAGCACGGAAUUAAAGGCGAAGGAAAGCGUUAAAAGUCCCAAAAGUGUGCAAUUUGAUUUGACGGCCAAUAAGGUUAGGCCCACGGCCAAAAGAAAACUAAGUCUACCCAAAGCAGUGCCAAUACACUUCACCCUAGCCUCAACAACAGAUAACAAACAAAUAAAUGUUACUACAACCGCCAACAUUACGGACAAAACGUAUGCCAGUAAAAAACGCAAGACAGAACCUAUAACAACAAAUGGUUUUACCAGCAAAACGGCAGUUAAACUUCCUAUAGCCAUUAAUACACAAAAUACAUCUAACAUCCUACCCCCCACUAAUAUACCAACAAAUAUCGUACUAAAUCCCAUAGCCCGCAAAACCAUCACAACAACCAUACCCACUACCAUCAUAAAACAAGAACCGACAAAGGAAAAACAAACAGCCCAAAUACUAAAUAAAUUACAAAAUUUAGGCCUGCAAGUAAAACGCACACAAACAAUGCCUCCACCGGCAGCUGCUAAUGUGGCGGCAACUAAUAAAACCGACACCAAAACCUUAGAAAUUCUACAGAAACUUCAGUCGAAAGGCAUGAAAGUUAAAAUUCUAAAUAAACAACAACAGACAGUGUCGGCAACCAUGAUGGCCAAGCCAGUUAUAACAGGACUAGUACCAAAUCCUGCCCAAAAAACCAUAAGUGUCAUACGUAACCCAGCUGCGGAUAUGACCAUUAAGCAGAAUUUAAAUAAGAAUUUAAUUAUAAGAAAAGUUAACUAAUAUAGUAAUAUUUAUUGUGUUGUUGUACUUACCUCUCAACAAAACUCGCAACACACUUUAUAUUAAGUUUUUUUCACUCACACAAAAGAAAUUUGCAAUUGCAGUAACUCGAAAAGUUAUCGUAAAUAUUCUAAGGCUUAAUAUUUAAGCAAUAAACAAAAUUAUAAGUCACUUAAUAAUAUAAAACGAAACAAAAACUAA